AUGGCCAAAGUCAAGAAAGACCCUAAUUACAUUCGAUAUACUAAGAUUUCGAAAGCUGAAUUAGACCUUCCUGACUUCAAGGCAGAUAAUCACGGCUACCUGAUUCCACAUGUCGGAGAGAUUUACUGCCGCGCCCCUGCAUGCACCAAUUCCUUCCAGACUCGGUUUCUGAACACAAACAACCUCAAGAAGCACAUCAGAAAAGCGCACGUGGAUAAAUUCGAUCUCUUAGAGAAAGAAGGAGGUGGCCGUCCUACUGCAAAAGAGGAGGAUGAUGCGAUUGUAUUUUACAAAGCCGUGCUCGAAGCCUAUGAUGCAAGACAAGAGGAUGGGGUAGGGAAGCCUGAGAUCCCCCGCCGUCGCGACGGAAAGAUAAACCAGUCAGCAGUCAAAAAAUACGUUCGUGAGCAGGGUUAUUCAGUCCCUUGUGAUGCAUGCAAGGAAGCAGAUAAGGCAAAAGACUGCUGUAGGGAGGCUAAUCUGGAUGUUUGUGACCACUUUGAGCUCUUUGAGCCUUACGAGGAUGAAGAGGAGGCCGAGAGUAACGAGGUCUUUUAA